AUGUCGGAAGGAAAGGACAAGAGCGCAAACCCCAUGCGCGAGCUGCGCAUCCAGAAGCUCGUGCUGAACAUCAGUGUCGGAGAGUCUGGUGACAGACUUACUCGUGCUGCUAAGGUUCUUGAGCAGCUGAGCGGUCAGACUCCAGUCUACAGCAAGGCCCGCUACACCGUCCGUACGUUCGGUAUUCGUCGUAACGAAAAGAUCGCCGUUCACGUUACCGUCCGUGGCCCCAAGGCUGAGGAGAUUCUCGAGCGUGGCCUCAAGGUUAAGGAGUACGAGUUGAAGAAGCGCAACUUCUCCGAGACCGGUAACUUCGGCUUCGGCAUCAGCGAGCACAUUGAUCUGGGUAUCAAGUACGACCCCGGCAUCGGUAUCUACGGCAUGGACUUCUUUUGCUGCAUGACUCGCCCUGGCGAGCGUGUUGCUAAGCGCCGCCGCUGCAAGGCCCGCAUUGGCACCAACCACCGCAUCACCCAAACCGAGACCAUCAAGUGGUUCAAGAACCGCUUCGACGGUAUCGUGCGGUAA